AUGAGGAUUGCCAUCAUUGGAAUUGGGUGCAAUUUCCCAGGAGGUGAGGGUGUUGAUAAUUUCUGGAAGGUUCUUGUGGAGGGCAGGAACUGUGUUGUUGAGAUUCCAGAUGAGAGGUUUGACACAGAGUGGUUUCAUCCCGAUGAGAGCAAAGUGGGAAAAACGCAGACUACAAAAGCUGCUCUCAUUGAUGGAUUCAAUGAGUAUGAUCACAAGAUAUUUGGCAUCAGUGAGACUGAAGCUGAUAACAUGGACCCUCAGCAGAAAUUGCUACUGCAGUGCAUGUACCAAGCUUUAGAGGAUGCUGGGAUACCCUUGGAAAAAGUGAACGAAACCAGAACGGGAGUUUACAUAGGACUUAUGAACAGGGACUAUGAGACACUUUUGAACAACAGCCCCAGCACAAUAACCCACUAUAAUGGGACAGGAACAGCCAUGAUCAUAGCCGCCAAUAGAAUUUCUUAA